AUGCUCUGGCGAAAAUCCGCGUCGUUCAACGCACCCGAGUCAUGGCCACCUUACCCCCCAAAUGCAGAGACAGAACUCGAGAAGGCCGUGCGCCUGGAAGAAGAAAAGGAAGCCCGUCGAGUGUCGGAUUCAAUUGACCAUGAGCUGGAACUGGAAAAGCAGGAAAUGCGUGCUCGGCGUCGACAUCAGACCAGAGUUCUGCUACUAGGACAAGCCGAGUCCGGCAAGUCGACAAUGUUGAAGAAUUUCCAGCUACACUUUUCUCCCGAGGCAUUCAACGCCGAAACGGAGGCAUGGCGUGCGGUGAUCCACCUCAAUCUCACCCGCUCCGUGAACUUCGUCCUCGAUGUGCUUUCCCCAGAACGAAUACAGCAGCUACGCGGCCAGGACACCCUGCGCUCGUUACGAAUGAGAUUGUCCCCUCUCCGCCAGGUCGAAAUGCUUCUCGUGCAGCGUCUGUCCGCAAACGACCCCUCGCGCAGCACACUGAAAGUCGAGGAAGCGGCACCUUGGGUCUACGGCCGGGCCUCCGAGGUCUCGAUCCGCGGUGGGUCUGGGUGGAAGUCGCUUCUACGUCUGCGACGGAACGUGAACUCGGGCUCGCGCACCAUCGACACGCGCCAAGAUGAACUGGACGAUGCACAGCAGAUCCUCAAUGCAUGCAGAGAUGACAUCGUCACUCUGUGGGCGGAUCCCGAUGCCCAGGCAGGCUUGCAAGACGAAGGCGUGUCUCUACAGCAGCAAUCAGGGUUUUUCUUGGACGAGGCAGCGCGUGUUGCGUCUGCAGACUUCGUGCCCACUUACCAAGACAUCCUGAAGGCGCGAUUGCAGACGAUAGGCGCGGAAGAGCACGUCAUGAGCGUUGAGCAAUCCGGUGACCCAGCACAGAAGUGGGUCUUUUACGACGUCGGAGGUGCCAGAGGUCAACGAGCUGGUUGGGUGCCGUACUUUGAGGACGUGAAUGCCAUCCUCUUCCUCUGUCCGGUGGCCGCGUUCAACGAAGUCCUACUAGAGGAUAGAUCCGUCAAUCGCUUGCUAGACUCCUUCAAUUUGUGGAAGACUAUAUGCACGAGUCGCCUCCUCGCGUCGACGACGUUUAUCCUGCUCUUCAACAAAACCGACAUCCUCAGGGAGAAGCUCGCAGCCGGGAUCUCCUUCAGCCAGUAUGUCAGGAGCUACAAGGACGAUCCGUUCGAUUUCGAACUCGUAUGCGAAUAUAUCAAGCGAAAGUUCGUAUCAAUACACAAGCACGCCUCAUCACAAAGGCGACAGCUCCACAUUGACUUCACAUGUGCAAUCGUGAGCGGCGCAGACCUUUCGUCUUGGCUGCUACUCUGCUGA